UGAAGAGGGAAGGAAGAAAAAAAUGAAUGAAGACCUGUGGAUGCUGGGGAAAGGGGACAUCAAAGCUGAACUGAUUCACGUCUUACCCAGGCAUGGCCUCAGCUGGAGUCUCCAGACCGGCGCUCCCAAAGGCCAGGCUGAAAGGAGGGAAGAAGGGAAGGAGACGGGGCGGCCUGGUUCCGGAGAAGGGUCUGAGGAAAGCAAGGGACCUCCGAGGACUGUCCUCGGGGCAGACGCCUCCGCCCACGCCAAGCGCCGCAGACUCUAGUCCUUAUAGGCACUCAACAAAGAACAGGUGAAAUUUUGGCUUGCCCGCGUACCUGGCAGUCGGGCGUUCAGCAAAUAUUUGACAAACAGAUGACUCUCUGCUGAGGCUUCCUCCCCUGCGCUCGGCCCCUCUAAACUGAAGGGGCGGCGUUCAACUCCCGCCAGCCAGCGCCCUGCCUAAUCUUCUGGGCUCAGGACCGGGCUGCGCGGGGUACGCCCGGGGCGGGGUCUGGGGCGGGGCCUGCGGGCCCGAAAGGCGGGGCGGCAGCGCAGGGGCCGCUGGCGGCUGCCCGGGAGCUCGCGCUCAGAGCAGUACUGGAGGAGCGAACGCUGCUGGUGCUGGUGCGCGGAUGCUGGAAGUUCACAUUCCGUCGGUGGGGCCCGAGGCCGAGGGGCCCAGGCAGAGCCCAGAGAAAGGCCACAUGGUGUUCCGAGUGGAGGUGCUGUGCAGCGGGCGCAGACACACGGUGCCAAGGCGCUACAGCGAGUUCCACGCACUGCACAAACGGAUCAAGAAACUGUACAAAGUGCCUGAUUUCCCAUCGAAGCGCCUGCCCAAUUGGAGGACCAGAGGAUUGGAACAGCGCCGGCAGGGCUUGGAGGCCUAUAUCCAGGGCAUCCUGUACCUGAACCAGGAUGUGCCCAAGGAGUUACUGGAAUUCCUGAGACUCCGCCACUUCCCCACAGACCCCAAGACCAGUAGCUGGGGCUCGCAGCUACACCACCGGCCUGUUAUCAGCUUUGGAACGGAUCCAUACAUUUCCACUCCUUCUCCAGAGCUUCUACCAGAUGUGGUGGUGAACGGUGUGCUCCAGGGCCUCUAUGGAUUCAGUGCCAGCCCAGCAUCAGCCCAGCCAAAAGUGGACUGUUACCCACCUUCUCUGCCACCAAUGCCCUGAUCAGCCCAGAAGCCUUUGGGCUACCUAUCAGGAAGCAUGUGCCUGUCCUGAGUUCCAUAUAAGGAACUAGGGCUGUGUCCUCCUUUGGCUUGGACCUAUGACUUAACUACUCUUAACUCAGCUUGCACUGGCAGCUGGGGGUGGUAGAAUUCAGGUGCUCUUAAGGCCUAGGGGCCAAGGCAAGGCCAGGGAGUUGAGGAAUAAAGGAAGGAAUCUGGAGUAGACUGAGAAGGUACAGUUGUAGCUGUAUUUCUUAACCUAGACCAGAAGAGGGCAAGGGCAGUAAAGGCUGAGACGUAGAUCUGCAAAGUUCAGAAGCCAGUAAAAAGCUCCUGCCUGUAUUUUGUGGGUAGCAUCUGGGUAUAGGUUCAGACAGGAGCCUCAGGAAGGAAGCAUCUUAUAGCCACAGGCGAGUCCCAGACAUGUUGGGAUGUACACUAGGGGAAUGUACUACAGAUUCAAGAGCCCAGACCACACUCAGAUUAUACAAAAAAAACCCCACUUUUCUUUUAAUUGGUCAACAUAUGAGUUUGUUACAAAACUGGGCCUAUGGAAUGUGAGGGGAGUGGGCCUGCUCCAUCAGAUGCUGGCACUAGGGCCAGUGCAGCAUGGAGCCCUGUGAUGGGCUACCUUCUCCCCGGCAAGGGCAACAGGGCCUGCACAGAGGGUUGCUCAGUGGUCCCUGGGGCCCUACUCCUUGGCGAUGGCAAAGGGUUUCUCCACCUCGAUCUUGCCACAGUCUGCAAUGAUCACAUCCUUUAGGGGCUUGUCUCUACUGUCUGUCUUGGUGCUUUCCACCUUCCGCACCACCUCCUGAAAAAGAAAGAUGGGGAAAGUAGGGCAUGAUAGUCAUGAGGCCCAGCAACAAUGGGCAGUAGCCUCAGUAUGACUGAGGAGGGCUGAGAUCCACCUGGGAUCAACAAUACACAAACCUGGAGGCACCAAAAUUCUACUGAAUGUAUGGCUAGGGUGCCAGGCCAAGGUGGGAAGAACACAGAUUUGACAAUGAGUGGAUGCAGGAGUUUUGUUCAGAACCAUAUUGGGCAAAGGAUAAGGAGGAAGUGAGUGACUGGGGAGCAAGGUUCCAAGUGACUCCUCAGGGACAUCAGCUGUACCCUAUACAGCUCAGGGUGGGAGUCUGUACAACCUUGCCUGAGUGAUGGAAUGGAUGAUCCUACAGUUGUGUAGCUUCAACAAGGCCUGUCUAGGGCCUGGAGGGAUUUAGAACCGUUGGGGGAUAGAGGUGCUGUUCUUUUUUGUUGAGAUGGGGUCUUGCUAUCCCCAGAUUGGCCUUAAACUCCUAGUCUCAGCGAUUUUCCCUCCUCAGCCUCCCGAGUAGCUGGUACUACAGUUGUGUGCUCUACACCCAGCCAGGCUGUUUUAUUUUAUUUAUUUUUUUUUUUUGGUACUGGGGAUCGAAUCCAGGGUGCUUAACCACCAAGCCACAUCCCCAGCCUUUUUUUUUAUAUUUUAUUUAGAGACAGGGUCUCGCUAAAUUGCUUGAGGCCUCGCUAAGUUGCUGAAGCUGGCUUUGAACUCAUAAUCCUCCUGCCUCACCCUCCCAAGUAGCUGGGAUUACAGGUGUGCACUAUGGCACUGGCCAGGUGUUUAUCCUUGAUUGUCCUCCCCAGACAUAAGCACUGGUCUGAAUCUUUGGCUUUGGGUCUUUUGGGAAGAUAAUAUUCAUGGAGCCCCUGCCCCAGGGUUUGUGCUGAAUCCCUGGUGAGAACUGUCCAGGUUUAGCCCCCGCCUCCAGAACUUACCAUGCCCUCUAGAACUUUGCCAAACACUACAUGCUUGCCGUCUAGCCAGGCUGUCUUGACGGUAGUGAUGAAGAACUGGGAGCCGUUGGUGUCUUUACCUGCGUUGGCCAUGCUCACCCAGCCAGGCCCAUAGUGUUUCAGCUUGAAGUUUUCAUCAGGGAAGCGCUCACCAUAAAUGCUCUUUCCUGAGAAGAAAGAAGAAGGUUGGGAGGAGUUGGAUUGGCCUAAACCAGGCAGACAUUUGGGAUGAGGAUUUGAGGGGUACAACCAGCUGUACCAGUCCAGGCUUGGGUGGCAUAUAAAGCUCACCCCUUCCUAUCCUCCAGCUCUAUAGCCAAACCAUGCAGACUGAGACCAAAGGAGGCAUCGGGCUAGGCUGACUGAGUGACCAGCAUAAAGGAUUGCUUUACUGCUUUUAACUAAGACACAUUAUUAGCUACUCUUGGCUGUAGCCUCAGGCCUGCAUGGAGGGCCUGGCAGACAGAUGCUCUGAGGCUAUGCAGGAUGUAGGAGAGGGACAGAACCUUCCAGAAAAAGACUGCUUGGCUGACCAACUUGUCUUCCUAAGAGCACAAAAGACAGGAAAGGCACAGCUGCAAAGCAGAAACAGGACAGAGAUGAGUGUGGAGGGAACAGGACAGGCAAAAGAUAGGGGCUGCCAUUUGGGUUUUGCAGAGUAAAGAACACCUUAUCAAUGAAAUGAACAUAAAAUUAUCAAUGAAAUGAGCAUUAAAUAAAAGAAGCUUA